CACCAAGUUCACCCCCUACGCUUCCCUUGAAGUUUGGUGUUCUAUUUGAUUGUUUCAGCCCGAUCAUUUAGUUGUCAGUUCUUUCCUGGACGGCGACCGCCUGUUGACUGUGCUCGGGCUGAUUACAUCGGGUACGUGCCCCUCUUCAGCCUGCUCGAGUCUCCCGUCUUCCAACUCCUCAUCUUUGUUUCAUCAUCAUCAUCAUCAUCAUCAUCCACUCCUCCCAACUGAUCUCAACACAGCCACUGAGUACUACGUCUAUCUAGGCUGAACGAUCGAUAGCGCUCAGAGCGAUCGGCUCUAGAAAACUGACGUCAUGCUCUUCUCAGAAGCUGUUGUUAACCUUCGUCCGCUGACUCCGAUCGAUGAGUUCCCCUGCCGAUCUCUCAAGUUUACUCCUGAUACUACCGGUGUUUGCAUCGGCCGAGCGUCAAAGCGGGAGUCCAAGAAUCUCGUUCCCUGCAAGGAUAAUGGGCUAUUCGAUUCGCGAGUCAUGUCAAGAAAUCAUGCUCAACUGAUAGUACGCUUGGAUAAGAAGCUUGCCCAUCUUCGAGAUGGUGGAUCAAUGCACGGUACCUUCGUGAACGGAAAGAAACUCGCCAGCCAGGAGGAACACCCGCUUAGUCAAGGGGAUCUUAUCACAUUUGGCACAGAAGUGAUUCGUGGUAAAGAUACGUUCCCACCGGUUCGAGUACGUUGUGAACUUGACUGGCUUCAUAAGCCUACACCUACGAAUACGUUCUGUGUACCUGAUGAUGACGAUGACAAUGACGUCGAAACUGAUAAUGCUCCGGUGGUAUGUCCGGCUGCAAGCUCUGAUGAAGAUGACUCUGUAUUCCGCUCUGACUUUGAUGAUCAGUCGGUUGUGGAGGUCUCAUCACCCUUUACCUCACCCUUGAAAAAGGAUUCACCGAACGUUUCCCUCUAUUCAUCUGUCAACAUGCUUAAUAACAGUGAAUGUGCUGCUCACCACGGAUCCCGAGACAGUCCCAUCAACCUCGACUGUGAUCCGGCUGAACAGCCUUUGGUAACUCCGCGGAUGACCCCACCAGCGGCGAUAAAUACCCUCGAUGAGGAGCCUGGUGAGGGUUUCACUCAUCUGGAUGUCUUUGUGGAAGAAACUGGGCUGGAGUCCUCCCUGGAAUCCUCUCCUGAAGGGAGUUCGGACUGGGAGGAGGAGGAGGAGGAGGAGGAGGAGGAGGAUGACGAUGAUGUUUCCUACGGUGAUGAAGAGGAGAUACACUCGCAGUGCUCUUUGGACUCUGACAUGGAAGAAGACCCAUGCGUCUUUGACGACUAUAAGACUAUGAAGGCUUCUCAGGUCCUCGGUAUUCGUGACCUGAUAGCGUCCGAUCCUUCCUUCGACUUCGAGGGAGCAGCUCAUCGACUGACUUCUGGUGUUGCCGAGCCUCGCUUCGAUGACAACAAGGGAAACGAGGUGUCACCCUCUUUACCCAAGGCUAUCCCAUCCGACUUGCCUGUCAUUGAGCACAACUCCUCAGAACCAAUUUCGCACAAUGUAAAACCAAGCAAAGCAUUUCCUAUCCAAGCGCCACAGCCAUCGAAUAUGCUGCCGUUACCCCUGUUGUGUCAACAGACCCAGAACAGAUUUCUCCAUAAUUCCCUCGUUGGGCUUCAGCAGAAUCCUUUGGCGUCUCCUAUCGAUUGGCAUCCUGGGAGUGUUUAUCCGCUUCCUAUCCCAGCUCUCCCAAGGGUGACCUAUUCGGAUGGCCCCUUUGCCAAUGAGCUGACUGCGGCACAUAGUACUGCAACUACUUGCGAAACCACCGAGCCUGCUGUCGCGAACCCAGCCGCAGCCUUUCCAGUAAGCAAAGACAUUGAGUCGAGCGAACAAGAUAUCCAGAAAACUGCCGUGGUCUCAGAGCAGCCGAAAACACCACAGUUGCCGUCAUCGCAGGGUGCCAUUCCUCCGCAAGAUCCUGGUUCCACUGUACAAGGAAUUAGGCCAUUGAAAAGGAAGGCAGAUGCUAUUGAAGAACCCAUGCCCAAUCAAUCGCAGGAUAUCCAGGCCUUGGAUUGUGUCCACAACGAGGCAGGCUCAUCUGAGGCUCAGCCAAGGAAGCCAUCGGACAAGCAAGAUAUUAUUCCGCGUUGUCUUCCAGACCAGGUCCCUGCAAAUGAGUCUACACCCGCCAGUCAAACUCUCAAUGUUCCUACCAGCUCCGAACGACCGCUCAAACGAGCAAAGAAGUCAGCGGCACGGAGCUUCGCCAGCCAUGCUGCUACUGCUGCCCUAGGGGUUGCGAUAGGUGCUCUCGGUACUAUUGUCACGUUGGCCUCGCUUCCUCCCGACUACUUUCAGGAAUGAGCUGGCUCCUGGGGUCCGCUGCGGAGGACUUAAUGCUUUUAUUUUGGUAACAUGAAAUGGGUUGAUGAUUUCCUUACGCUUACGAAUUAUAGUGUGUGUGGCGUUGUCGGCAUUCUCGAUUUGAGACUGGAUUCUCCGGUCAUCCUAGCUUGUUUUCGGCUGAACUUCUUGUUGCUUGGGACCAUACUCACUUUUGUUCUUUGCUUUGCUUUUCAACUGUUUAACGCCAGGUUAAAGUCAUAACUACCUAUUUACUAUGAGCCGAAUGUAACUAGUGCUUCGGCAGAUAAUUCAAGCAGUCUUCUUCUGUCA